AUGAUAACCAACCUUGGGGUGGCGGGCUUCUCAAGGCUUUUGCACGGUCAGUAAAAUGCCCCUGGAACGCCUAGAAGAUGAGGGCCUUGAAAAGAUCCCUAACCUUAAGCUAGCGCAAUGGGUUUUUCAUGCUGGCUUAGAGAAAGCACCUGAACCUUUGCGUAAGCAGCUUCUGGAGAAAAUUACCAAAUGUAUCCAAAAUGACAAUAUGGCUCCAUAUUACGAACUUGUGUGUAAAGAGCUUAAUCUACCAAUUGACCAACGAAUCUUGAAAUCUAUGCAGUCAGUAAAUGAAGCAAAAAUUAAGGAGUUAGAUGCAAAGAUUAAAGAUGCGGAAGAGAAUCUGGGUGAUACCGAAAUCAGAACCGCCAUGAUUGAAAAAGCUCACUAUCUUAGUAAGAUUGGUGACAAGGAAGGUUCUCUGUCCCAAUUUAGACUGAUUUUGGAUAAAAGCUUAAUGCCGGGCUUUCGAUUAGACACAAUUUUCCAUAUCAUACGAAUUGGAUUCUUUUUUGGAGAUAGAGAUUUGGUUACAAAGAAUAUAGAAAAGGCAAACAGCCUAAUUGAAGAAGGUGGAGAUUGGGAUAGACGAAAUCGACUUAAAGUUUACCGUGGUUUAUAUAGUAUGUCGGUUCGAGAUUUCGACGCUGCUGCUAAGAACUUCCUUGAUGCUGUCGCCACAUUUACCAGUUAUGAGUUAAUGGAUUAUAAAACAUUUAUCAUAUAUACAGUUAUGUCUGCAAUGAUUGCACUUAAACGCCCGGAUCUUCGAGAAAAGGUUGUUCGUGGAUCGGAAAUUCAAGAAGUUCUGCAUGGAUUACCUACUGUACGUGAAUAUCUCAUGUCCUUAUUCGAUUGUCGUUAUGCUGACUUCUUCAUUUCACUUGCUGGAGUUGAACAGUUCAUGAGUUGUGAUCGUUACUUACAUUUACAUACAUGUUACUAUGUUCGUGAAAUGCGUAUUCAUGCAUUAAGUCAACAUUUGGAUUCAUACAGUAGUUUAAGUUUAGAUAGUAUGGCCGCAUCGUUUGGUGUAACUCCAGCAUUUUUGGAUGCUGAAUUAUCACGUUUCAUAGCCAAUGGUCGAUUAGCUUGUAAAAUGGAUAAGGUCUCAGGUAUUAUUGAAACAACACGUCCAGAUAACCUGAAUUUUCAAUAUCAGACUAUGAUUAAACAAGGUGAUGUUCUACUGAAUCGAAUUCAAAAACUGAGUCAGGUUAUCAAUAUAUAGUGGAAUACUAGUAUACAUAAAUAUUACCCAUUGUUAUCUAAUGUACGAUAGUAAUACAGUGAUGGAGUUUUGUAUACAAUAACUGUACUUUUCAAAAUACUGUUUCCUUUUCUACUCUGCCUUUUUGUGUGUGUAUGUGCACACAUGUACGGGAGAAAUCGUUUUCAUAAAACUUAAUUUUAGUGUUAUACUUCCUAGCCGACUUUUCACGCCGGUGGAUACUGUCAUAAUGGUUAGUAUAAAGUCUACAUAUUAUGCUUUCAUUGUUGUGUUUUAAGAAGUCUGAUUUAUCAUAACUUGCUAUUUGAAUCGAUAUUUCGUGCUAUAUCGCUAGUAAAACCAGUGACCUAUUCUAACUAACAGCUGAGAUCUUGAUGCUUAUUGGUUCUCAAGCCUCUUAUAACCAAGUAGCUGAGUAGAAGACACAAAUAGGAAGCAGACUAGUUCUCUAUUUU